AUGACUGAAUCUGAAGACUAUGAUAUAACAUGGACUAUGCCCCAUUGUGUACUGACCCUAAAAUUGAUUGCCCUCUCAUUUGAUAUGUGGGAUGGUGCUAAAAUGAAGAAGGGGAAACAGUUAUCAGCUACCAACCAACAAACAGCUUUAUUGAAUACUCCCAAUAUAUUGGAGCUAUUUGGAUUUGUAUAUUUUCCUGCUUGUUUCCUAGUUGGCCCAAUAUUUUCAUUCAAACGCUACAAGUCAUUUGUGUCUGAUGAGUUUCCAAUAGAAAAUGAAUCAAUGAGUCUGGAAAACCAUGCUAUGAAACGGCUUCUGCAAGGUUUAGGUUACCUGACUGCUUUUCAAAUUGGAGUUACCGUCUUUAAUGUGAAAUAUAUGAUAUCCGAUGAAUUCUGGGAGACAUCUAUAUUCUACCGACACUUUUACUGUGGCCUCUGGGCGCAUUUUGCUCUGUACAAAUACAUUUCUUGUUGGCUACUAACAGAAGCUGCGUGUAUUCGAUUUGGCUUAUCUUAUAAUGGAACAGAAAAAACAGAAAAUGGAACAGUAUCAAAGUGGGAUGGGUGCAAUAAUAUCAAACUCCUUCGUUUCGAGAGCGCAACCAAAUUCCAGCACUAUAUUGAGAGUUUCAACUGCAACACCAACUUCUUUGCUGCUGAAUAUAUUUACAAAAGAUUGAAGUUUCUUGGUAAUCGCCACCUCAGUCAGUUCUUUACAUUGUUCUUUUUAGCACUUUGGCAUGGUCUUAGGUCUGGAUACUAUAUGACCUUCUUCAAUGAAUUUAUUAUAAUAUACAUGGAACGUGAACUAGAAAGCCUUAUUUCUAAGACUCAAUUAUAUGAGAAAAUGUGGAAUUCUUAUUUAAAAGGAGUUCUUUAUGUUCUUCUUAAAAUGUAUACUAUAGUGUUCAUGGGCUGGAGCUUAGCCCCAUUCGAUCUCAAAAUAUUUUGGAAGUGGUGGCGUGUGUAUUAUAGUUUAUAUUUCUCCGGGUUGUUGCUAUUCGUCCCAUGGGCGUUUGUUUAUAAACCCCUUAUCAUUAUGGCUAUAAAAAAGUAUUGUAAGAAUAAGGACAAAGAUUCAAUAAAAGCCGAAUAA